CCUGCCCGUCCCGGCAGCCAUGGCGGCGGCGGCGCCCGCAGAUCCCCAGUCGGAGCCCGCAGCGGGCGCCCGCUUCUUCUGCACCGCGGGCCGCGGCUUGGAGCCCUUUCUGAUGCGGGAGGUGCGGGUGCGGCUGCAGGCCACGCAGGUUGAAUAUGUUUCAGGAAAAGUUUUUUUCACCACCUGUUCUGACUUGAAUAUGCUGAAAACGUUAAAAUCUGCAGAAAGAUUAUUUUUGCUGAUUAAAAAACAGUUUCCAUUUAAUGUUUCUUCUGUAAGUAAAGGAAAAAUAUUUUAUGAAAUGCAAAGAUUUAUAAGUGAUGAUCCUGAAAGUUGGUUGAAUGCCAUUUCGAUUUGGAAAAAUCUUCUUGAACUUGAUGCAAAAAAGAAAAAACUGUCUCAAGGAGAUGCUAACCCACUAAAAAGAAAAAUGGGAGAAAAUGACAGCAUUAUUGCUAAGAAAUUAAAAGCAGAACAAAUGCAAGAGACGCAAAAGAAUAGGGAAUGCCAGCUGGAAAAGCAAAUAGAAGAGGAGACACUGGAGCGAGGAGAUUUUCUCACUGAAAGAGAGAAAUGUCAAGAAGAAGAACUUCAGAAUGAAUUAGCAAAAGCAGGAGAUACUCAUAACCAGAAUGACUUGACCUUCAGAGUUUCUUGUCGCUGCAGUGGAGCCAUUGCAAAGACCCUUUCUGCACAGGAAGUAGGAAGAAUAAUUGGAAUUGCUCUUAUGAAACAGUUUGGAUGGAAAGCAGAUUUGAGAAAUCCAAACUUAGAGAUAUUUAUACAUCUAAAUGACAUUUACUCUGUCAUGGGAAUUCCUGUGUUCAGGGUUCCUUUAGCCAGCAGAGCUUACAUCAGGACAGCAGGACUGAGGUCUACCAUAGCAUGGGCGAUGGCCUCUGUCGCUGAAAUUAAGGCUGGUGCAUUUGUUUUAGAUCCAAUGUGUGGACUCGGAACAAUACUUUUGGAAGCAGCUAAAGAAUGGCCAGAUGUGUACUAUGUGGGUGCUGAUGUCAGCGACUCACAGUUACUAGGUGCGUGUGACAACCUGAAAGCUGCAGGCCUCACGGGUAAAAUUGAGUUACUUAAAGUCUCUGUUAUGGAAUUGCCAUGGCCUUCAGAAAGUGUUGAUAUUAUUAUUUCUGACAUUCCAUUCGGGAAAAAGUUUAAGUUAGGGAAAGACAUCAAAAGCAUUCUACAAGAAAUGGAAAGAGUGCUUCAUGUUGGCGGGACCAUUGUAUUGUUGCUUAGUGAAGAUCACCGUAGGCACCUCAAAGACUGUGAAGGGAGCAGCUUCCCUUUGAAUUCUAAAGGCAGUCACUCUGAUGAACCUGGAGCGGAAAAGUGCUUGAUUCUCGAAGGAAAAACUGGCAUAUCAGAGACCGUGUCAUCGUCAUUUGAAGCCAAUCACCAGGAAUGCUUACAUAAGAUGCCACCAUUUGGCUCCUUGGUGCCAGUGGAAUGCUACAAAGUUAGCCUUGGGAAAACAGAUGCAUUUAUACACAAAUAUAAGAAGUCAUCUUCUUCUGGACUGUAGCAGGCUAGAUACUGUGAGCCAAGUUCAAGGCCUUACAUGUCAGCCCUACAGAGAAGGGUUGCCUCUAGGGUCUGAUAGUGCCACAGAGUAACAAGUAGACAGGUUUAGGGGGCAUGGCUGCGGGACACAGGAUUUUAAUAAGAGUUUCUGCUUUAGGCUCUAAAGCAGUGGUCGGCAAACUCAUUAGUCAACAGAGCCAAAUAUCAACAGUACAACGAUUGAAAUUUCUUUGGAGAGCCAGAUUUUUUAAACUUAAGCUAUAUAGGUAGGUACAUAACUUAAUUAGGGUACUCCUAAGGCUUAGGAAGAGCCACACACAAGGGUCCAAAGAGCCGCGUGUGGCUCGCGAGCUGCAGUUUGCCGACCACGGCUCUAAAGGGCUUAAUGUUUCUGACGAAGAACAGUGAAUACAUAAUUAAACUAAAAUACUCUUAAACUUUGUAUUUGAGAGAAUAGGGGAAGGUCUGCUCUGCCUGCAGUGUUUGAGCUGAAGCUGCAACAUCACAAGUUUUCAGAGGUUCACAGAGCAUAUCAAAAUCUUCACAAGGUUGAUAAUAUUUUAACUAUCAGAUUGUUUUGAAUUUAGAAACUUUUAUGUUAAUUCUUUUGAUAUCAAACUUGAUUUUUGAACCUAUAAUUUUUUUUCUCCACUGGAAAGAAAAUGUUAUGUGCAAUACAUUUUGUAUGUUAUAUGUCUCAUAUUAUGUGAAACAUCAAUGGGAAUAAUAACAAUCUGAAUUAAGCCAAUAUCCUCCAACAUGGUAGAAAAUAGAGUUUGCUUUUCUUUUUUUCUCAACUAAUGAAUAAACUGUUACCUCACUCUUC